AUGAAGGGAAAACACCAAGGGGUACAAAAUCGAUUACUUGAAGUUAAUCCAAAAGCGUUAUAUAUGUCAUGUGCUUGUCAUAGCCUUAAUCUUACUCUUAGUGAUAUGGCUCAUUCUUGUAUUAAAGCUGUUUCAUUUUUUGGAAUUUUUCAACGCAUAUACACAUUAUUUGCUAGUUCUACAAAAAUGUGGAAGGUGUUACUUGAUAAUGUGUCAAACUUAACUGUAAAAUCUUUGUGCAACACACGUUGGGAAAGUAGAAUAAAAAGUGUUAAGACAAUUAGAUUUCAAGCUCCUCAAAUAAGAUCGGUUUUGCUUGAAUUAUGCAAAUCAUGUGAUGAUGCCAAGACGAAAAGUGAAGCAGAAAGUUUGGUAAGUGCAAUUGAAAAUUUUGAGUUUUUUCUUGGCAUGAUUGUUUGGUAUGAUGUUUUAUUUGCAAUAAACAUGGUCAGUAAAAUGUUGCAAUUAAAAUCUAUGUGCAUUUAUGCUACCAUGGAACAAUUUGAAGGUGUAGUGAAGUAUUUUGAAAAGUAUAGGAAUGAAGGGUUUGCAUCAAGUAUGGAUACUGCUAAAACAAUAGCAUGUGAAAUGAAUAUAGAUCCUACAUUUUUAAUUAAGCGUCGUAUUAUUAGGAAAAAACAAUUUGAUGAAAAUAACAACGAAGAAGAAAUGCAAGCAUCGGAAAAGGAGGCUUUUAGAGUUAAUUAUUUUCUAACCAUUGUGGACAUGGCAAUUUCUUCAUUGAAUAAUAGAUUUGAACAAUUAAAGAAAUUUGAAAGUAUUUUUGGAUUCUUAUUCGAUUAUGAUAAACUAAAGUCAUUGGAUGAAAAUGAAUUGAUGAGAUCUUAUGUUCAUUUUGGUGAUACCUUUCAUCAUAAUACUGUGGCGGAUGUGAAUGUAAAUUAUCUUUAUUCUGAAUUAAAGGUGUUGCAGGUGACUUUACCAAAUAAAUCAAUGACGGCAGUUGAAAUUCUUGAGUUUGUCAAAGUUGUAGGUUGUUACCCUAAGGUAUCGGUUGCUUAUCGAAUUAUGUUGACAGUACCUGUGACUGUAGCAUUGAAAUUCUUGAGUUUGUCAAAGUUGUAG